CAUAGAGCAUACAGUGAAAUCAGAGAUACAACAAUCAUUUUACAAUAGGUUUGUUAUCAUAGAAAUCAGAGAGCAUACACUGAAACCAGAGACACAACAAUGAUUUCUCACAUUAAAAGGCAUCAAAGGAAACAUACACAUUACACAGUAUUGCCAAACCAUUUUGGUCAAUGUUGAUUCAAAGUAGACACUUCAGUACAUGGGAGUACAUAAUUGCGCACAGUACAAAAGAAAACAGAGAACAGAUGACUUAUCGGCAACUGCAUGUGCACUAUCAGCACUCAAAUACCGUCAACGCUUCCACAGUUCAUCCCAGCCUUUUUCGGAAUCAGAUCCAACCUUCUUUUGCGGCAGUAUUAGUUUCAGCAUGGCCUCGACCCAUUGUAGAUGUGCCAUGUUCGCGGCUUCAGCCUUCUCCAGAUCUGGAACACGCAUGCCACCAUCCAAAUGUUGGACUGACGUUUCAGGCAGACAUGGGUCAGAAUCGGAAAGUUGGACCGGCGAAUCAGGCAUACAGACGUCGGAAUCGCAAAGUAGAUCCGGUGUUUGAAGGACAUAUGGAUAAGGACUAAUCUGCUCAGAUGGGAGAUCCAUCUGGCCUACAAUGGUAGUGCGAGAAGAGAGCAAAGGAAGGAGGGGGUAGAAGUUGAAAGGUUGAGGGUGAUGAUACGAAGAUAAUGUUAGGCGUUGGAUGAGAAGGUUAGGCGGUGGGGUGUAAUUAAGGUGGUGGGUGGGGAGAAUUAAAUGAGUUUAGGUGUAGGGAUAAUAAAUGAGGGUAAAAGAUGGAAGGGUAUAUUGGUAUAUUUACAAUAAAAACUUGCCUUAAAUGGAAAGGAGGACAAAUAAUAAAAAAUAGACCAAAAUGGAGAGCGAGACAAAUAAUAAAGAACGGAUGGAGUGUUAGAAUGUACUGUUAAAUAUACACCGUACCCAACCAACCUUGUACCUGUUUAAGAUAAUUGAGUUACCUGAAAUGUAAAAAUAAAAUAAAAUUUUAUAAAUCAUUUGGGGUUGUUCAAUCAAUUUGAAUUCACGAAGAAAAGUCUUUUCGUGUCAAUUGUUCAAACUUCAAACUCCCUGGAGGACCACUAGAGGUUUACUUGGAUGCAUUCUUUUAAAAAUCGGCUUAGUUAAUCCAAUUAAUCGCUAGGUGUCAGAUAACUGUGCAAGACCAAUUGGUUAGUCGGUCAAAAUAAUGGCUUAGUCGAUGCCUAGGCACUAGCCACCCCUCAAUCGCCUUGUUAGCGUUUAACAAGUUCUUGAACACAUCAUGAGUGUUAACUUCAGGGCAUGUUAGGUUAUUCAAUGUUCAUACCAAAGUGAUACAUGUACUGGCAUUAUAAAAAAUAGACAUUUUAUAUCACAAGAAAUAUAAAAAGAAAUGUUACCAUCAAUUUGGCAUCCUCGAAAACAAAAUUUUAGACUAACAAUUUCGAACGGAGGGAGUCAAUUUAUUUAAUAACAAUGACAGUACUAAUAUGUCAAAUAUAUCUUUCGCUGAUCCCUCGGGUGGUGGCCGUUCAUGUGGCCAAUGGAAGGUUGCCACGUGUAGUGACCGUUGGGGGGAGGUCUAUAAAUACCCCCCCUCCGAAGAGGUUCCUCAUUGCAUUCCUGAGAUAGCGAAGUGCUGCCAAAUUUUCUAGAGAGAGAGAGCCUUUCCGUGUGUUCUUCCGUUCUUCAAAACUUCAAAGGUCAGUUCGUCGAACUUUUCCCAAAUUACUUGUGUACUUUGCUUAUUUUAGCUUUUGAUCCGCUGUUAGUGGAGAAACACCCUUAGAUCCAAAGUAAAAACCCUUAGGCUUUAGUUAGUUGUUAUGAUGAAGCCCUUGGACGACGAGUACUACCCAUAUGAUGAUGAGCCCUCUGCUAAAUCCCUUGAUUACCGGGUAGUAGAGGAGUGCUAUGAGGAGAUAGAGGAGCUGAGCUCCUUCAAAUCAGGGGAGCGAGAGGGGAGUGAAGGUGAGGACGAAGAGGCCGCCUCGUCAUCUGAUGGUGAGGACGUAGUGGCUUCCCGUGCUGUGGACGGAGCGUCUACAUCGGCUGCAAUUCCUUGCCCGAAGCCAAUUUCUGCUGUGAAGGGGGCAGCCCCAACGAGAAGGCGUCGGCCGAAGAGGGGUCCAGGUUACUCCUACCUAGACCUUACAAAUCUUUAUUUGAUCAAGCCGGAGAGCAGCGCGGCCGAUUACCUGGUGGCCCAGAUGUACGUGGGUCCAUAUGGGAGGGUUAGGGCGCACAGGCCGACAGAUCAUGUGUUGAAUCCACCUCCGGGGUAUUUUGGAGUAUACCCCAUGAGUUUUGCAAAGGGACUUAGGUUUCCCCUCCACCCGUUUAUUACGGAGUAUCUGGAUAUGGUGGGUCUCCCUCCGGCUUUGUUGACCCCAAACAGCUACUCACUCAUCAUCGGUUUCCUCCUCCGCUGUGAUGAGUUAGAUUUUAGGCCGACGACAGCUCUAUUCAUGAACCUGUACCAGAUCGGCCGAGGGAGCCACAAGAAUUGUGCCGGUUAUGCUAAUCUCCAACAGCUGCCGAAGAAGAGGUCCUUUACUGAUCUUCCUACGUCCAUUCAUGGGUGGAAGGGUAAGUUCGUCUUUGUUUCUUUGGGGGAGGGCGGUACUGAGUUUCCCUCCAUUAGCCAUGACGGUAGAUUCAACCUCCAUGAGGUGCCGAGGAGCAGCAUCUUGAUGCUCAGGUGGCUGCAUUUAUGAAAGGAGGGCCGAGGAGCGUAAAAGAGUACAUAACGGAGUAUAAGUUGACCGCCCUCGGCUUCUUCCGGUACUUCGUUUAUGGUGAUAAGGAAAGUGACACCGAGCUGUGGCCGAAGAUGACCACCACCUUUGAGGAGGCCGAUGGCCCGGGUAUGGGCGUUCCUGCUGACGCCGAUGGUAAUACCCUCCCUCGCGUCUUCGUCCAUAUUUACUUUUGUUUUUGCUAACUGUUUUUCACGUUGUGCAGACUUCACUAUGGAUCGCAGAUCCGUCAUGGCCCUAGCCAAAGCUAAGGCAAAGGAGGAGAUGGCCGCAAAAGAGGCCGCAAAGAUGGCCGCUGAGAGUGGCGCCCAGCCGAGCUCUGACGCAGUGAAGAAACCACCUACGCAGCCGAAGAAGAAACGGCCAGUGGAUGACGGCCAGAGGAAGCUUACCGAGGCCGGCAUGCAGUCCAAGAAGUCGAAGAGGGCUUCUCCUCUGGGAGAUGCUGGUGCCGGUGGUCUGUCCAUACCGGACGAUGAUGUCGGGGGCUCAAAUGCCGUUACCGUUGUUGAUGCGGUUUCGGUCCCCUCGUCGACGGCCUUGUCCCAACCGCCGCCUGUCGGUCAGGAGCCCUGUAAAAUAGAGGGUCGGCAAGGAGCUGGCCUUUGUGACCUACAAACUCGAGAUUGAGUACCCCGUGAAGGGUGGCGUCUUCAAUGACGCCGUUAACGGCCAUGAUGUUCUGGCCCAAGCUGUCCCGGUCGAGGAUCGGGUUACUUGAAGAAGCUAGGUCCCGUCAAGAUCUAUGACGGCGGGAUGGACCUCAUCGUCCAAGUAAGUUCUUCGUACUUUACAUCUUUUUGUGUCACGAGUUGUUGCUUCGUCCUAACUCUUCUUUUUUCUUUUUUUGCAGGGUGCCCUUAUGCUGAUGGUGAGCCACAAGCGGCAAGAGCAAGAGAUUACCCGCCUGAAGGAAGCCGAGAAAAAGGCAGCUUCGGCCGAGGAGGCCAUGGCCUGCCUAGAUCGGCUCCGGGAGGAGGUAAAGGCCCUGCAGAAGGGUGUUGAUGAGGCCGAUGUGGCCUACCGGCAGGUGGCGGCCGAUAGGGACAAUGCUUUGAGGGCCAGGGAUGAGGCCCUGAGAAGCCGUGAUGAGGCCCUAAUUCGGGCCGAGGACGCCGCGAGGGCUCAGACUGACUCUGAGAGGGCCGCUGAGAAGGCCGUUGAUGGUGCUAUCGAGAGGUUCCUGGCCGAAGGCUGGAAGGCCGAGGACCGCCGGCCCUGGUGCUAUGAAGUUGUGGCGAACCGGCUUGAAGACUGGGGUCAGAACUGCCCUGCUGGCCAGGAAUACUUUGCUCGUGAAAUGGAUGUCUACUACGACAUGGGCCAGCAGAGGAUGCAACGGCUGAUAUACAGGAGGCUGUUUCGGGCUUUCAAGAAGUUGAAACUCACCCAGAAAUGGGCUAAGAAGAAUCUGAAGCUCCCCAGGUUGAUGAAAGAUCUGGAGGCCGAGGCGAAGCUCCCCCCGUCUGAGAGGCAAGAUCCGGUACUUAGUUCCUCCAUUGGUGAGCCUGAUUGGUCCGAUGAUGACGCCUUAGCCGACACCACCGUCUCUUCAGCAGCCGAGGCUAGUGGAGGUGCAAGGACGGAGGAUGGCAACGGAAUUGUAUCUGGGCAAGCCGAUGCGGAGCGAGUGGCCGAUGAAACCGUCCCCGAGAGUUGAUCGGCUGACUUCUUACGUAGUUUAGUAAGGCAAGUGUUUGUAAUGCCCCCUCUUUUUUUUGUAAUGGCCGUCGAGCCCCCUGAUGUAAUGAAUUUCCAUAUGAAUGAAAUGUCCAUUGUUUUCGGCUUUAUUGUGUGUCCUCGUCGUCUUGUUUUUCUCUUUGCUUUUGUUCUCAAGUUUUCCGAAAUUUUUCUAAGUGUCGAAAUUGGGACUCGGGUAACUGUCGUUUUUUGGUUGUUCCCUGGCUCCGGCCGAAGUGGGUAGCUUUGGUGAGUACGCUUCGUCUAUGCGGAAUACCCCUUGUACUUAACAGGAACUUUAGGAUUUUUUCCUAAGUACCAAGACUUCAAAUGAGUGAGCAUCCGCGACGUCUUGGCGUUACGCCCCCCCUUUUUUUGUUCAUACCUUGGAAAAUUUUCUAAGUGUUAAACUAACUGUCACACUUGAAGAAUUUUCCAAGUGUCUAACUGAGUAGUUCCUUCGUCGGCCAAUACGGCCAGUGUGGAAUAGCUUCCCACGCUGAGGUGUUCUCAUCGGUUCUGUGUUCUUUUCGGCCACCGUGUAUUCUUCGUCUCGUGUCAUUCCUCAUUUCUUUUGUUAUACUUGUAAUUUUUCCAAGUGCUUAAACAAGAACUCAUGCCUGAUUCCUGUAGUUGUAGCCGAUGAGAGGACCUGUCCUUUGCUCGGCUGAGGGGGAACAUCUGCUUCGUCUUUGUGACGCUUAACGUCACACUGUUGUGGACUUCUCUGAGUGUCCCACUUAAAAAGUUGGGAAUCGUUCCAAGUGUCUGGGUAGACUUAGACCUUUGCUGUCAUCGGCCAUUUUGGAUGGUGCUCAGGGAUUUCUCCAAGUACUUAGAAAAAUUUUCUAAGUGUUUGAACAUACUUGGGCGAUUGCUUCCUUCGUGAGUGGCUGAUGACGACGUCCCCUUUGGGUUAUCUGAUGUCGGUCAUGUGGUUCCCCUUUUCGGCCCCAGGAGUUGACCUUAGUGACUUUGUCCAAGUUUUUUUUUUUGUCAGUAAUACGUAAUGUUUGCCUGAUAUGUAUUUAGAGCAAUUUUGGGGAUUCU